GCUACUUCCUGGAGUGAACGAGAGUAGUGAAAAUAAGUCACAGGCAGAGGCAGUGAGAGAUAAGUAACAGAAAGAAGCAGAACCCUGUGGCAGAGACCAACAAAGUUAACAUGUCUGAGCUCAAUCUCCGCACUGUCUUGGUGACUGGAUCAAACCGGGGGAUUGGAUUUGAAUUUGUGCAACAAUUUCUUAACAGCCAGAAUCCUCCUCAUAAGAUAUUUGCCACAUGCCGGGACCCAAGUGCUCAGCAGAGUCAGGAGUUAAGGAAGCUGUCUGAAAAUCAUCCAAAUGUUGUAGUAAUUCAGCUAGAUACUACCAACCCUGCAAGUGUUAAUGCAUCUGUUAAAGAAGUAGAGAAGCAUCUAAAUGGACAAGGCCUGGACCUGCUGAUCAAUAAUGCUGGGAUUAUGAAUCCAAACUCACUGGAGACCCAGACUUCGGAAGACAUGAUGAAUGUCUACAACGUCAAUGUAGUUGGCCCUAUGCUAAUGACUCAGGCAUACCAUCAGUUGCUAAAACGAUCUGGAGUGGAAAGCUCAGGAAAAUCAGCUAUUGUUCAUAUUUCAACUCUGCUUGGCUCCCUAGAAGAGCUUCCCCAUCUGUUUUCAGCAUUUCCAGUUAUCUCCUAUCGCUGCAGCAAGGCUGCUCUGAACAUGCUCUCAAGGUGUCACAUGGAAGGUUACAGGCAGGAUGGAAUUAUUUCGAUUGCUAUACAUCCAGGCUGGGUGAAAACUGACAUGGGGGGUGAAGAGGCACCAUUAACAAAACAAACCAGUGUUGCUGCAAUGAUGAAGAUAAUCUAUUCCUUGACUGAACAACACAGUGGCACUUUUGUUGAUUGGGAGGGCAAAACAGUUCCUUGGUGACCCCAUUAAAGACUAAAUUCUGUAUAAUA